AGGGGUAAUUUAACCCUCCUAAAGUUUUGAUGUGUCUCAACAAUUUCGUGUAUAGUUUAGCGUGGAAAUAAAGCAUUUUCCCCAAAUUAUCAACUGUGCGUAUAUAUAUAUGGUUUUAUAGAGUAAAUUUGGAUGGAUACUUAAAAAAGAAGAAAUGGAUGUGGUGGAGUUCUUAUUAUGUGUGGUAAUUAUAACCAUGGAUUUUUGAUGAAUCAGCUAAGCGAUGUGUUAUCCCAUUUUGUUGUUUAUUUUUAUGUUAUAUUGUUAUCUGUCCUGAGCUGGGGGUGUAUCGGAAGCAACCUCUGUACUUCAUCGGAGGUAGUGGUAUAGACUGCGUACACGGUACCUUCUCCGGACCCCACUUUGUGGAAGUACACUGGGUAUGUUAUUGUUGUGUUGUUGAUGAUGAUGAAUCAGCUAAGCGGUUUAUUAUCCCAUUUUGUUGUUAAUUUUUAUGUUAUAUUGUUAUCUGUCUUGAGCCGGGGUUCUGUUGGAAACAACCUCUUUACUUCAUCUGAGGUAGUGGUAUAGACUGCGUACACGGUACCUUUCCCGGACUCCACUUUGUUGGAUUACACUGGGUAUGUUGUUGUUGUGUUGUUGAUGAUGAUGAAUCAGCUAAGCCCUCUCCCUCCUCUGAUUUCUCAACGACCAACGUGAUUCACACUAUCUAGCUCCAUAUUUAAUCACAGGGGUGGAGCUACGCUUUAGCGAACCCCCUUCAAUGGAAAAUUAUAUUAGUUAUAUAUGGUCAAAAUUAUUUUUUAUGUGUAUAUAGUAGAUGUUGAACCCCCUUCGAUUUGUUCAUAUGUUAUUUCUGAACCCCUUUAGUGAAUAUCCUGGCUCCGCCACUGCUUAAUCAUGUGUCUCUUUUGGAUCGUAGCUCAUGGAAGAUGCCUCACCACUAACAACCUAGGCAUCAAUUUUGGUAGAGAUGCUACCUUUUGAAAAGGAAGCGGGUAGAAGUGAAUCACCUCUUCUUCCACAAGUGAGGUUUGUGGAGGGUAAAGUAUACGCAAACCUUAUCACUACCUUGGGAGGUGGAUACGUUGUUUGCGAAAGACCUUCGGCUUAAGUGUAGCAAGUCUAGGUACAAAGAAGAGGAAAACAGUGAAGAAAAUAUAACAACUGUCAAGGGAACAAUGCAAAAUCUACCAAAAAAUAAUAUUCAACCACAAAAUAAUGCAAUAAUCGAAACACACUGAACAACAACAAUAAAUCGAUAUCAUAAGCAGGGAUCAGCUUCAUCUCAACAUCUACGGCUAAACCCUAAGCUACCACGGCUAGUGCACGACAAUACUCCUACCCGACUGACCUUCUACUCCAAUACGCAUCCUCUAUAUCUUCCUAUCUAAGGUCCUCGGUAACCUGAAUAUGCGUCGUGUCCUAUCUAACCACCUCUCCCCAAUAAUUCUUCGACCUACCUCUACCCUUCCUCGUACCUACUAUAUCCAAUCUCUUGCACCUCCUCACUAGGGCGUCUGCACCUAUCCUCACCACAUGUCCAAUCAUCUCAAUCUCACUUCCCUCAUUUUAUCCACUAUGGAGGCCACUCCCACCUUAUCUCUAGUAGCCUCAUUCCUGAUCCUAUCACACCUAGUAUGCCCACACAUCCACCUCAACAUCUUCAUAUCUGUGUUGACGCAUCUUCUGAACAUGAGAGUUUUUGACUGACUAAUAUUCCUCCCUAAACAACGUCGGUCUAACCACCACUCUAUAAAACUUAUUAAGUUUCAGUGGUACUUUUUUAUCACACAAGUCUCCAGAGACAAGCCCCCACUUCAUCCACGCCGUACCAAUACGAUGUGUAACAUCACCGUCGAUGUCCUCACUACCCUGGGUAAUAGAGCUAAGAUACUUGAAACUAUCGCUCAUAUCACUUUUCAAUCAUUUUGGGCUUGGAAUGGUGCAUGCCAAAAAACACCAAGGACUUCAGCUUGGCAUAAAAUGGAUUUAUCCAAAUCGUCCAAGAUCAUUCAGAAUACGGUUCCUCCAGUAAUUUGGUGGAUCAUAUGUGUUUAACUACAGACACAUGGCUAACACUUUGUCUUUAUACAGAACCGUAAAACGAUUGGGCAUACCUGAUGAAAGAAUUAUUCUGAUGUUGGCUGAUGAUAUGGCUUGCAAUGCUCGGAAUAAAUACCCUGCACAGGUCUUCAACAAUGAAAACCACAGGCUAAACCUUUAUGGAGAUAACGUUGAGGUAGAUUAUCGAGGUUAUGAAGUAACAGUUGAAAACUUUUUGAGGGUGCUGACUGGCCGUCAUGAAACAGCUGUCCCAAGAUCAAAACGUCUUCUUAGUGAUGAAGGAAGCCACAUACUUCUGUACAUGACAGGGCAUGGCGGAGACGAGUUUUUAAAAUUUCAGGAUUCAGAAGAGCUUCAAAGCCAUGAUUUAGCUGAUGCAGUGAAACAAAUGAAAGAAAAACGCAGAUUCAAGGAGCUGCUAAUAAUGGUCGACACUUGCCAAGCUGCUACUCUCUUCUCGCAGCUUCAAUCACCUGGCGUAUUGGCAAUCGGAAGUAGUAUGAAAGGGGAAAAUUCGUACUCGCAUCACUUGGAUGCUGAUGUUGGCGUCUCAGUUAUAGAUCGAUUCACAUUUUAUACUCUUGCAUUUUUUGAGAGGGUGAACAUGUAUGAUAAUGCCUCGUUGGGCAGUCUUUUCAGUUCAUAUAAUCCAAAUAUGCUGAUGUCAACUGCAUAUUAUCGCACAGAUCUUUACCCUCGUCGACUAGAAGAGGUACCGGUGACAAACUUUUUUGGUUCAGUCAUGGAGACAAUACACACUGAUUCUGCGUAUAAAGCAUUCGCUGGAAAAUACUCUAAAAAGUCUGUAUUAGAGAUGCCUCUUAGGCAGUCCAGCCAAGACUUACGACGAACACUAGCAAGUUCAGAUGUUCAGUAUCCAACUACCGAUUCAAAUGUUGAGGAUCCACAAGAUUCCUGUCGUUUCACACAGUUUUGGAGUUCUACGCAUGGUAAAACGACCAAGGUUGACGGUCUUGAUAGCUGGGUGAACUAUGGCUUGUUUUUGAUGUUCCCAAUGGUGGCAAUGACUUCUUGGCUCUCGUCUUGAAGUCUCAGAAGCGGAGACGAAGAUAUCAAAUUGAUACACUCUAAAGGAGCUCUCUAUGUUCCUGCAUUUGUUUCAUUUCCAUGUUUGUUGAAGAACGUUGAUCCGGUGGAAGUUGAAGUUGUUCUAUCGCAACUAGUUAAUGUGCUAUCCUCGUACAGAAAUUACAGUAAUUUUCGACAAGUACUGCAAUGUAGAAACUAUUUCCAAGUUCGUUGGAUUCGAGAUGUCGCUUAGCUGGGACUAUUACACACUUUCGUGUGUAUAUGAUGUAUACUCAUGGUAGAGGUGACUAUUAGAUUACUACAAGAGUGUGUACAUUUUUCUGAAGUUUAAUAGUUCUAUCCCAAAUUUAUACUAUCAAAUGUGUGGGAUAACUUAUUUCAGUACUAUUCAUUAGUCUCGGAAUAAGUUAUUCCAAAGAUUGACAAUCAAAUGAGGCAUCAAAAAUUUUAUUCCGAGACUAUUAUUUUAUCUCGGGGACUGUUUACUUCAUUUUAAUAUAUGAACGGUUUGCUGUUAUUUUUAA